AUGGAUCGUGUUCCAAGUCCGAUCGUCCGCAUUGCACCAAAUGAGGUCGCUAUUGCUGAUCCGACCGCUAUCAAAACCAUCUACUCUGUCUCUUCUGGUUUCACAAAGACUGACUUUUAUCCAACGUUCCGGCCUUCCUUUGCCAGGCACCCCGAUCUUUUCACCGACCUGGAUGAGAAGUCUCACGCUAGACGACGUAAGAUUGUCAACAAUCUAUACUCCAUGUCCAACAUUGUCCGCUCGGAAGAGAGCAUCGACAACUGUACGAGAACUCUCAUGGAGAAGUUCCACGAGAUUUCUCAGAAACACGAUGUUAUCGAUAUGUCCACAUGGUUACAGUGGUACGCAUUCGACGUCAUAGGCGAGCUCUUCUUCAGCCGCAUGUUCGGUUUCAUGGCGCAAGCCACUGACUAUCGCGGCUACAUAGCAGCCCUCGAUCGCCUUCUACCCAUGCUGACAAUAGCAUGCGUCAUGCCCUCAUAUCUUCGACCGCUCUUCCUCAUAGGUGGCGCGAUCUUUCCGCCCAUUUUCAAAGCCCUUAUAAGUGUCAAGAGCAUCGAGACCGCAGCGAAGGACGCUGUUGAUGAGCGCUCCGCGCUAAUGAAGAAGGGAAUGACUGACGGUCAGGAGGAUAUCUUGAGUGGCUUGUUUGGAGUUAUGAAGACCAAGGGCGAGAAGGUUGAUUUUGGCCUCACAGAGAUCACGGUUGAAAUAUACUCAGCGCUGUAG